AUGGACGACCACCUCAGCCUCCUGCAAUCACCCCCUCCGACCGCAACCAAAACCCGGGGCGACAAUUUGGUGAACCACGGAUACACCGAGACAGAGGCCGACGUGAUGACGGUUGUGGCGUGUGACAACAUGUUAGAAGAGUCGGCGGCUCUCCCGGGCCACCACUCUCUGGACCGUUAUGAACCGGAUCACGAGUGCUGCGAGAGGGUGGUCAUCAACAUCUCAGGGUUACGCUUCGAGACACAACUCAAGACUCUCUCGCAGUUUCCAGAGACGUUGCUGGGGGACCCCAAGAAGAGGAUGAGAUACUUUGAUCCUCUCAGGAACGAGUACUUUUUCGAUCGGAACAGACCCAGUUUUGAUGCCAUUCUGUAUUACUACCAGUCUGGUGGGCGCAUCAGAAGACCCGUAAAUGUGCCCAUUGACAUUUUUUCUGAGGAGAUACGCUUCUAUGAGCUAGGUGAGGAGGCUAUGGAGAAGUUCAGAGAGGAUGAGGGCUUCAUUAAGGAGGAGGAGCGGCCGUUGCCAGAUAAUGAAUUUCAAAGACAGGUGUGGCUGCUUUUUGAAUACCCAGAGAGCUCGGGUCCCGCCCGGGGCAUAGCGAUAGUGUCUGUCCUGGUCAUUCUCAUCUCCAUUGUCAUCUUCUGCUUAGAGACAUUGCCGGAGUUCAGGGACGAUAAUAGGGAUCCGAUCACUAUUGCACCUUUGAUAAAUGGCACACUCCCAUAUUUUAUCAGCCCCUUCUCUGACCCGUUCUUUGUGGUGGAGACGUUGUGUAUCAUCUGGUUCUCCUUCGAGCUGCUGGUGCGCUUCUUUGCAUGCCCGAGUAAAGCCACGUUCUCAAAAAACAUUAUGAACAUUAUUGACAUUGUGGCCAUUAUCCCCUAUUUCAUCACCCUGGGCACAGAGCUGGCAGAGAGGCAAGGGAAUGGACAGCAGGCCAUGUCAUUAGCCAUUCUGCGCGUAAUUAGGCUUGUUCGGGUGUUUCGCAUCUUCAAACUCUCCCGUCAUUCCAAGGGGCUUCAGAUUUUAGGACAGACUCUAAAGGCCAGUAUGCGUGAGCUGGGUCUGCUCAUCUUCUUCCUAUUCAUCGGUGUCAUCCUUUUCUCCAGUGCUGUCUAUUUUGCUGAAGCAGACGACCCAGAUUCGGGUUUCAACAGCAUCCCGGACGCAUUCUGGUGGGCUGUUGUCACCAUGACCACUGUGGGAUACGGGGACAUGCACCCUGUGACAAUCGGGGGGAAGAUAGUGGGGUCUCUGUGCGCAAUCGCCGGUGUGCUGACAAUUGCUCUGCCUGUACCUGUCAUUGUCUCCAAUUUCAACUACUUCUACCACAGAGAGACGGAGGGCGAGGAGCAGGCACAAUACCUGCACGUGGGCAGCUGUCAGCCUCUGGCAGACACAGAGGAGCUGAGGAAGACCCGAUCCUCUUCCUCACUCAGCAAGAGCGAGUAUAUGGUGAUAGAGGAACAUGGGAUAAACACCGCGUUUAAACAGCAACCCAACUUCCCCACUACCACACAAAACAACUCGCAAAAUUGUGUGAACAUAGACAAAAAGAUUUUCACAGACGUGUAG